ACGAAUUCGCAUGUCUGAAACAUGUGAACCUCACGGUCGACGCUGCGCUCGUUGAGUCAUUCCAAAAGCGGUCCGCGAUAGAGUUUCGGAGUGCAAGAGCGCAUCGCUGUGCAAAAUCGCUCUGUUGGGUCAAACGAUAUGAUAUGCCGUUGGCCGCGCGUCAUCUCUGCAUUACUCUCAAUGGGGUAUAUUUUCCUGACUCGACCAGCAGCCGUCAGGAUCUUGCUUUGUUUGUAUGCCGAAGUCACGGGCCGCUCAAGACAUGUCCCAAAGCUAUGUCUCGACGAGUGCGAUGGCAUACUGCCGACAGAACAAGCCCGUUCCACGCACGGCUCAGAGUCGUUGGCGCUGCGUUACGGUGACAAGUUCCGAGGCCGCCAUUUCAGGCGUCCGCUCGAUGUCAACAACGCCAGCUAUUCCGUUUCCAGAAUUAUGUGACCAGCCGUUCCGGUAUACUACCGCUGUACUACCAGUAUUACUGCGAUGCAUCGGGAGCGGCAGACCACAACGGUCGAGUUUUUGACAGUCAACCGUCAACACUAUACCGCAAAAAUGUCUCGCCAUCCCGCCAUGGGCGGGCGAUCCUGAGGUAU